AUGCCCAUUGCCCCAGUAGAAUUGGAAUUUAAACCCAGGAGUUCAUCGGAGAACUUCACAUUUGACCAUACUCCUAUUACCCCCACCCCCCAAACAACCCCCCCUUGGAACAGCAUAUACUCUGACGAGAAUGGGCGCCUAUUCUACAAGGUCGAGUCCCCUAACCACAAGCGCGCUAUCAUCUACCGCUCUCUGCCAGAUCUAAGCCUCCCCACAUCCGAGAGGCAGCUUUGGGAGGAGCGUCACUUCCUCGAAACGCAUCCAUCAUGGUCCGAGCAUCCAGAAGCCGAUGGACGAGGCUCUGGGAUACCCCAGGACGAUGUUAUCGUCGAGGAACGUAGGAUCUCCACUGGAUCCGACUACGAGUUCCGCUCGGCGACGUCUACUAGUGCAGGACAUACCCCCGUACAUGCAGAAAACCAUCCUUUUUUUACGAGGGAGCAUUGGGUCCAGUUUGCCGACAUCGAGUUCCAUACUAUCCGUUCGACUCGGUUUAAUGUUGGAGGAAAAGAGAUCACCGCCAGCGAGCUAUUUCAGAAGGAAGGGUGGUCUUUCUUUGGAAGAAAUCGGAUAUUCUCUACUCAUGGUAAACGAUACCGAUGGGAGCUAGACGAGCGAUGUCUAAAACUCUAUAGCAUCAACGAAGAUCCAAAAACAGACGACACUCUCGUCGCAGAAUACAUCCCGACCCGUUGGAGACCAAAACACAAAGGCGGUCCUCUACCAUCCUACCUCGACAUCCACGUAUCUGAUUCCGAGCACCACCUCUCGGAUCUGAUUAUGGUCACUUUCAUCUACGUCGAAAGAUUGAGAAGCGAGCGCGAGGAGACGUCACACGGUACCAAUUCGACUCAUCCACCACACUCAUCACAUCAACCUCCGCCGCUGGACAGUCUCGAGUUGAUCACGUUCAACUUCGCGCUCGCCUAA